AUGGCAUCUGGCGGUUGGGUAGCAGAGCUUGAUAAGAAAGAACACAAAAACUGGGUGAUGGUUGGUUGUGCUCUUAACAUUGCCAAAAAAGGAAUAGUACCAACAAUUCAAAACAAAAUGGAAACUUGGUACCAGUCCAUUAUUUCCAGUCCACCGCUUCAGUCACUUCCCCCUUGCGCAUGCGCACCUUCAGCACCAAAGUGCGCUACUUGCGUCACCUGGGAAAAGGAACUGAAACGUCACCACAAGUCCGGGAGACCAAAGAUUUGCUGGGACAACAGUGAUCGAACACAGUGGGGAUCUCCGACUGGGGAGUGGGAGAUAGCUAAAGUUUAUAUGCCAACUCUUGGAAGCCGAGCAAAGGAUGUCAUCGACGCAGAUGGAACUGACAUCGACGGUCUUUUGAAUUUGUUAGAAUGGUGUACUUUUAUCAAUCCCCCUGUGAGUCGAACUCUUUUGAAUUCAGGAAGAGAUAAAUGUAGAAAUCGUUGGGCGCAUGCUGCAAAACAAGAAAUUUGUGAUGCCGAUGUUCCAACUAUAUUGAGUCAUCUCAAUAAUCUGCUUAGUGACCCAGUGUUUAACUCUGAACUGUCAGCCCGAAAAGCAUCCAAUUAUUUGCAAGAUUUGUCCCGUCAAGGUCUGAUUAACGUCAGAGAGUCUGAGGUUGAAGCUCUUCACUUGUUGCGGCAAUGUCUGGAGGACGAUCUGAGAAAGUGCCAAGAUGACUUGGCAUAUACACUUCGACAUUUAUCUCAGGUCCAAGAACAAAGUAAUGUGAACAAGUCUGAGAUCACUACCCUAAGGCAGCAAAUGGAAGAAGAAUCAAAAAACUUGUCUGAAAAUGUGUCCAUGAUAUUGGUUGACGUUGCUGCCUUCAACAAGUCCCUAAACCAAAGAGAUGAUCUCAGAAACACCAUUGAGGUUAUUUGUGAUGACUUAGAUGAAUUGUCGAAUGGUAUACAGAAGGUUGUUAUGGAACUAAAUGCAGUGGGACUGAUCUUACCCCAGUUAGAAACCAAUCUCAAAAACUUGUAUUGGGAAGUACACAAAGUAGUCAAGAACGUUUCUACAAACAAAAGCUCGAUCUCAAGAUUACAAGAAGAUGUCAUGGAGAUUAAAGAAGAAGUAGAAACAUUGAAACACAAAGCCCACGUUGGUCCACACAAGGUAGAUGAUGAUGGCGAGGACGAUGAACAUAUUCUUUACACAGCACCGAUUGGGUUAACAGAUUUUACCGGCCGCAAAGCAGAACUACAAUGGCUUGAAAGAAACCUUCUUUCGCUGAACCCUGAAAAGAAACCCGGAAGCUCAUCUUGUAUUAAAACAAUAUGCGGCCUUGGAGGAUGUGGAAAAACCUCGCUAGCUAUAGAAUUUGCUUGGCGUUGCAAGCAUCGCUUCCCAGGGGGCGUGUUUUGGGUCAACGGUGAAAGUAAUGAAAAUCUACGGAAAUCCGUGGUCGAAGUACUUACGUUUGUCAAUAUCAGCGCCUCAGUGACCGACAACAUAGAAGACAUCUUGAACAAAUUCCUGUCAUGGUUGUCCAAAAUGAAACGUCCAUGGCUUCUUGUGGUAGACAAUGCCGACGAAUUAAAUGAUCCAACCUGUCCAGCAGGCGUUAAGAAGAUUUGCAAAGGGGUGUUGCAAAGAACGCACCUCCCAAGAAAGCAUGGUCACAUACUUGUUACUACCAGGGCAAAUGCAACAGAAAGUAAAACGUUUUUGAAGAUUUCAAAUGAUGAUUGUUUGAUGUUACAGUGCUUCAGUGAAGAAGAAGGUGCAUUAUUUCUAAUGCAACGGACAGGUCUCGAAGGGAACGAUCUUGACCCAGAUGCUAUUUGUUUAGCGAAAGAACUGGGAUUCCUGCCACUAGCCCUCGAACAAGCCGCAGCAUACAUAUCUUCCAGCCCUCUUCCACUUAGUUUUAAAGAUUACCUUAACAGAUAUAAAGAAGUUAAGUUUCGUCUUUUAAAGCAGCAACAUGCCACGGCUCUAAGUCUAGAAGCACAACACAGGUUGUCAACUCACACAACCUGGAUGAUGAACUUCGAAUAUGUCAAAGAAAGGUCACCUGCCGCUGCAAAGAUUAUGCGUAUUUCUGCUUUUUGUGAAUCUGAAUUUAUUCCUUUCAAUGUCAUCAACCGUGGAUCUCCUGAAUUCAAUCAGGAGGAACGGAGGGAAAGUUCGUUUUCUUAUUCAGAUAUUGGUGACAUCCUGAAGAUACUAUCAAGCUACUCUCUUUUCACAGUAGACCACCAAUGUAAAAUGUUCCGUGUCCACAAGCUUGUUCAAGAAGUAGUCAGAGAAAGCCUUACGAAUUCAGAAAGGAUAAAGACACUGGUAGAGUGCGUUCGCGUUCUUCGUUUUGCGUUUUUACAAUUUCCUACAUUCGAGAAUUUUAAGUUAGGCAACCUCUACGAACUGGACGUAGGAGACCAACGUAUUGUUUUCUCUCUUUUGCUAAAUUUUCUCAAGUUGACGAGGUAUAUGGAAGAGGAAAUAAACGCGCCGAGAGAGAAUAACAACCGUGAACUCUUUGGAGUCAACACCUUUGAGUUUUGCAAAUUUGUAUACCACCUCGCUAAAAACAGAAAUUCACUUUUUUGGCUUAGUAGUGAACUAACAGACUUUUACUUAACACUUUUUAAAGUGGUGUACGGUGACAGUGAUCCGAACUGGCUUCUCUCUGAGAUGGUCGACGCAAGUAUCAUCAAAGAGAAGAGCGUCGCUUCUAAAGGAAAACACGAAGGAAAGAAUUUGAUUGAUAAUGCCAUGCAAAAAAUGUUUGAAUUUCAAAAAUCUGGAGUGGUUAUAGAGGCUGAUGUCAAAUUCCGUGUUCGCUAUCAAAAAGCGAAGUUCCUCUUUUAUGAAGAAGGGGUGGAAAAAUUCUACAAUGCUUUGUUGGAGCUUGAAAGUUUGGACUUGCCAAUAAGCGAACCUAUUACUGCGGUUCUUCAAAUGAAAAUCGCGGAGUUAGAAUACCAGAAAGGCAAUAGCUCUGAAUUAGCGUUUAAACGCGUAAUGAAAGCUUUAGAGAUUGCAAGAAGAGUUUACCCUGGGGAUGACCCAAAGUUGCUGCUUCUACUUGAGUUGGCCAACGUCACGCUCUCCAACAACGGCAAAUUUAAGGAAGCUAAAAUGUGUGCCAAAGAAAUGCGAGAUAUUUAUAUGAAGCUACCUCCUUCGUCUGACGACGUGGUGAUGGGACUGAGGAAGUUUUCUAGUUUUAUGUGUCAAUCAAACCACAUAGCCAUGGAAGCAGGUUCACUAGAGAAUUUAGAAAACAGAUGGCCCCAUAUAUAUAGUUGUGUAAAAGAUGGCUAUGUAAAUAACUGUAUUCCUUAUGUAGAUGACGGAAGCGAAGAAGUCGUCGCCAUUACUCUGCUCAGCAUAAUGAGGAGCUUUGCCAUAGCUUUAAGCGAGGGCAGUGAACCAAACUUUCCUGCAGAAAGGUUGGCUAUGUACCUGCGAAUCGGUGAAAUAUUUGUGUCCCUUCGAAGGCAUUAUUAUGGCUCUAACUUUCCAGAUAUGCUAGAGGCAUAUUCCUUUUUAACAGCAGUGAAGUUGCUCCUAGGAACUGAUGAAAAGGGUGCAUUUGCUUGUCGUCAGUUACGGGUAUUUGCUUCUAAUCGCCAGGGACGUUCUGAACAGUGCAAAGUGGACCAUGUGCAGACACAGGUCUGAACCAAUCGAGUCGUUACAGAGAUGCAGGUAACUGUUUUUUCAAUUUAGGUGACUAUUCGAGGUCACUUGAAUUCUAUAACAAAGCCUUAAACCUGAAUCAAGGAGAUGCAAAGUUAUUAACUAACAGAGUUGUUGCGCAAGUCAAGCUUUCUAAACAGAAAGCACAGAGUCAACCUUUUAAAGAGCAGCAGAACAUUCUUCAAAGUGCUCUCCAAGACUCUAUAAGCGCGAUAUCUGCAGAUCCUUCUUGGGUGAAGGGAUACUACUGGAAGGCUGUUUGUCUUGCUGAACUUGGGCAGAGAGGCGCAUCACUUGCUGCAGCUGCAGUUGCUGAAUGCCUGUUUCCACUACAAUGUACCCAAAUACCUGCUGUUGUCGAGCAUUUUGGAUGCUACAUUGUAAAAGAAGUAGCUACUUCUGAAGAUCUCGGGCGCGCCGUAGAGAUAAGUGAAAACAGUCUCGUAAUUGUUGUUUGCAGUGGGAAAUAUGGACUAACUCAGCCUUUGAAGGUUCCAUCAAAUGCAGUGAUAGUUGGCCUUGGUGAAGUCGAAAUCACCUGCGCCAAAGGCGUUCCACUGUUCCUGGAUAAAACUGUUUACAUCGACAACAUUGAACUAACACCAUCCGCGGAUUUUAUCAGAGUGAACGAAGCGGAUGCUAAAAAUUGCCUCGAUCGUGGACAGUUAGACCAGGCGUUGUCUGUGUAUAGCAAGGUAUUGGCGACAUGUCCAGAAAACACACAGCUUCUUACAGCUAGGGCUUCGACUUACUUGAAAGCAGCGAAAGAAAAGAGCAACACGUGUGAGCGGGAAUCGUUGCUGGAGCUUGGUCUGGAAGACACCAAAGCCACCAUCAGAGCUGACCCUUCUUGGUUACUUGGCUACUCCACCAGAGCUGCGAUUAUGACAGAGUUGGGGAGGAAACACGAAGCCUUGGCCUCUGCUGCAGUGUUUAACCACUUGAGCUCUGGUCGGGAUAUUUCGUCAGUCAUUCAACGUUAUGGAGCGUUGCAGAUUCAUGUUGUUGAAAGCUCAGAUGAAUUGAGCACUGUUCUUGAAGAAACAGAGGAGCCUGAAGGAGUAAAUCAAAUUGUUUUAAUGAAAGAAGGAGAGUACCUAUUUGAAAAGAGCGUUGAGAUCAAUCCAGCAAUCAUUGUUGUUGGUCUAGGGAAAGUAAUUGUUUCGUGCAAGACUGGCGCACCUUUUAACUUUAGAAAGGAACAUUUUGUCGAGAAUGUUGAACUUCAGGGAGACUGUGGUGAUGCGCCAGAAUCACUAGAGACUACGAGUUCGACAAGUCUUUUUGGUCAGGAAGAAGAU